GGCUCCGACUGUCUGCCAGUGCUCUGCCUGCGGGAUCAAGAGCAAUCAAUGCCCUGGGAGUCGAGUGGGCCGACACCGCGGAGGCUAAGGGCACAAAGAACAUCAUUCCCAAAGGGUCCGCCUGCGUGAAGUGCUGGAACCUAUUCGAGGAGGCUUUCUCGCACAAGGGCUCCUUCGACGAAGUUUGCGAGCUCAAGGCGGCGGACCCUGCCAUCCAGACGGAUUGGGACCAAGCCUGCGAGGUCAAGUACGGCGACGGCGCUGUCCCUUUCGACCAGGUGCAGCUUUCUUCGGAUUCGAAAGACGGGGUGGUCAUCUGCAAGUCUUUCGUGGGCCCGACCCCCAAGGAGUUCAAGGAUCACUUCAAGCGGACUCCAGAGCAGGCUGGUCUCAAGCUCCAGGACCUUCCAGGGGCCAACGGCAAGCAGUACAAAGGAGUACUGAUGGUCAAUCCCUGGCGCCCCUGGACAGAGUUCAAUGUGAUGACCAGUACUGCCAUCAACAGGAUGAACAUCGCCCUGAGGGCUGAGAACCAUUGCUACGAGAGCCAGGCAACUGAGUUAGGCGCCACCCUCACCCAGGGCCACAAGAAGGACAAGUUGAUUGCGGCAACCAGGGCGUGCAAGAUCACGGCGCCAGAGAUCAUGGCUAAGUGUCGUCGGCAGCGCAAGGAUCUUGGGCUCGGCUCUUCUGAUGACGAGGUCGCGCCUGCGUCUGGGUCGGUGAUUCUGCCCAUUCGGCUGGAUGCCCCCCCAGAGGACGACGGCGACGACAAGGAGUCCGACGCGGGCGGUGGGCCGUCCGUGGAGCCCGACAGCGGAGCAGAGGACGCCCCCAACAGGACCAACCGGCCCCAGCACAAACCGGCUAUCCAGAGCUUGGGUCGAGCUCUAUCUUCUCUUGGUGCUCGCAGCGUCCUGGCUGGUGGAGGUGCUUCCGUGCGGAGUCCUGGUGAUAAGCCUCGCGGCAGCGGCGUCCCGAGGAACGAGAGCCCUCAGGAGAUGUGCGAAAGGAAGAUUGCCGCCGUGCCCAUCGAGCAGAUUCUGUCCACGAGGAAGAGCUACGGCACUCAGAUUCGCUGGGGCAAGGAGGCCCUCAAAGAGUUGCAAAGCAAAGGGCAUACCGAAGAGGCCGACCGCUUGGAGAAACACCUGGACCUCGCGGAGAGGGCCCAGUUCUUCGUGGACAAGAACCUCGCUAAGGCUACUUGGGAUCAGAUCGAGCGCCAUGCCAGUGCCUUGGUUGCGGGAGGUAUCCAGUUCGACUCGCGGUUGAAGGACGAGCUUCAUGAUAGAUUGGUCACUCACGUCGUAUCUCAGCAUGUAUUGGACAUCGGCCUGGCCACGUCGAUGCUGGCCGUGGCAGUGGAUCGGCAGAAUCCCGAGUUCGACCCUUCUGUAUGCAGCAUCGCUACCCUCGACGGCUCCAAUGUGGACAAGGCCUCCAGAUUGAAGCGUGAUUUCUAUAUCAGGGCUCUCUGCCACGGGUGCGCGGACACGGUGUUCACACAGCUCCUGGAUAAGGGCUCUCAGCUCAGAGCCGAUGUCACAUCCUUGGCUUCUACUGCACAUCACAACAUGACAGCAGAUCUAUCAAAUCUGCCCGAGGCAUUCGAUGACGUUGUGUCCGAGGUUGCGUUCUGCUGCAGGGUGAUCCUCCUCCUCGGUGGCGCAGACUACGAGUGGAUAUCGCAAGGAGUCCAGCUUGACGCCAUCGACAUAAAGCAUGGUGACCCGAAGACCCCUGGUUUCAAGCUCGCCAGGGCCGUCAGGAGGAACCGCUUCUGGAACGAACUCUUGAACCAAGUCUGCGACAACCAAGUGGCUAUCGAGACUAAGCUGCCCGAGAUGCUAGCGGUCAAAGUCUACGAGGGUCCAGAUUCCCAGCUCGAGCGCCACAGUGACAUCCAGGGGCUCAUGGAAGAGUCGCUGAGGCAGGCGAACCUUGUCAAGGACACCAACGGGCAGGUGCCAUCGUGGUUUUGCAAUGGGUUUCACGAUCGAGUUUCUUCGAAUAUCGAGAAGAUGUUUGCUACGUGGUGGCAGGCGUCUGAAGACAAAAGCUGCGAGGACCUGGACGUAUGGAACUUGAUUGUCACGACUUGCAAGGAUAACCUCGCAGGGGGCCUUGUGACUUGGAGCAGCAUGGGAAAAGAUAUCACUGACAUGAGUAAGACCAGAGCCAAAGAGGUUAACGUCCAACAGCUGAUGGCGAUCACCAAUGCUCCGACGGACACGUACGACAUCAGCCAGCAAACAAUGGAUUCUAUCGAAAAGCACGUGAAAGAGAUCUUGCAGUCCAUCACUGGAGAUCUCGUCAACGAUACCUGUCUCAUGAAUGCUGAGUGCGUCGAGAGCAUCCGCAAUUGGCUGGUCAAUGUUCAUUCUUACGCGUUUGGCUCUCUCGAUGUCGGGGUUCACGGCAGGGCCGCGCAGGUCACCGAUCAUCUCCAGAUCAUCGCAAAGUUACACGGGUCCCUCACUGCGUCCAUUCCGAUUCUCAAGGAUUGGUCAAGCACCGUCGAGAAGAAGGACCUCUUCAUGAGCCUCGGAGCCGAUGCCGUGUCUCGCGUUCAAGCUGAUUCUACCAUGGACAAGUUCAAGGCCGCCCUCUUCAGCAACCGCGACCUGCUCGAUAAGUUCGGCGACGCGUUGCCCUCGCAUGCGCAGGACUCGACAAUCCACCAAGAGCUUCAGAAGUACAACACCACCCUCAUGGAGUACAAGGCGUUGUUCUUAGAGGCUUUCAGGGCCAAAGCCGAUGAGCAGUUGACCAGCUUGGAGAGUCUGUGCCAGGGUACGCACGAUGGCACGUCGUGGGCGGCUGGUUUCAAAGGCAACUUCAAAGACAUCCUCAAGCAUGCGGCGUCCACCCUGAUGAAGUUCGAUGGCGACAAGUUGGAUGCGCAGAUGGACUCGACUAUUCAGUGUAUGAGUGCCUACUCCAACUGUCUCGCAGUCUUCAAUGAGACGACCCCUGCGGCCACCACCGAGCGUGCCAAGAAGGCAUACGACCGCGGCAAUGCGACCAUCCAAGAGUUCCUCAUGAUAACGGCCUUCACCGCAGGUGGCAACGACAUCGCCCUCAAGAGGAAGAUGGGCCCGCUGGUGACGAAGGUCAAGCAGCAGCCAGCGGUGCAGGCAAACAUUCACAGCGCGCUGUGGGCACAG